AUGGAUGCUCAAAAAGAACAGAAAAUCACAGUGCUCAAAGAGCAAGUCAAUACAGUAUCAGCAGUAAGUUUUAGGGGUGACUUUGAAAAAACAUGCGUAACAAUUUUCCUAUUUUUUAGAGUUAAAAUCUUUCAUCAUAAUUUUAGAUAGUAUACGACAAUCUUGACAAAUAUUUGGAACGAGAUCUUCGAUUAGGAAGUAUGCAAAGAAGAUCGGAGGAACUUCAGGCGGCGGUAUGUUUUUUAAUUGAACUCGAGGUGAACAAGUUGCUGAAACUUUUCAGAGUUCCUCAUUUCAAAUGACAGCACGAAAAAGCAAAAGAGAAUUGUGGUGGAUAAAUGCAAAAUGGAAAAUAAUUACGGCCGUUGUGGUUACUGUAAUCUCUUUGAUUUUAUUGUUAGUAAUUUUACGGUUAGUUGGUGUUAUACGGUAG